AUGUACCUCAGAGCUACCUCCCGGUCCAUUGCGACCGCUGCCCGAAGCACCGGUUCGAUACGUGCCUCGCCCUGCCUUUAUGCCCGCAUUUCCCAGACAAGCCAAUCUACUGGCAUAACACAACAAGUCCGUGCUGCUUCUACCGCUGGACAUGCCAUUGCAAACCCUACCCUCGCUGGAAUUGAAAAGCGAUGGGAAGCCAUGCCCCCUCAAGAACAGGCAGAGCUGUGGAUGCAGCUGAGAGACCGGAUGAAGGUGGAUUGGCAUGAUAUGACGCUGCAAGAGAAAAAAGCUGCUUAUUGGAUUGCUUUCGGCCCCCACGGUCCUCGUGCUGAGACGCCAAAGGGGGAGGGCUUGAAGGUCUUUGUUCAGGUUGCUAAAUAUGUUCUUAUCUCCUUUGGUAUCUUUUAUACGAUCCGUAUGUUUGGUCAACCAGCGCCGAAGACCAUGAGCAAAGAAUGGCAGGAAGCAACCAAUGAAUAUGCUCGGAAAGAGAAGAUGGAGCCUAUCACUGGUAUCAGCAGCCAAGGAUACGAGGGCAAAGGCUUUGUUCAGAGUCAACCAGCCGACAAGCAAUAG